CAGAGCAAUUGGCAAUCGUGCUUUCAGCAGGAUGAAAUGAACGGGCGGCCUUGCUGUGUGGUAACUGAAAAACGCACCACGUCACAACAUGCCUUUGUAGUGCACAAACAUGCGUUUGCACUAUCUAAAUGAUAACUUAGAGAUUGUUUUCCACCAUGGUCCUGAGCUGCAGAAACAGCGCUUUUGACAGUGGCAGCUCACGCAGAGAGCAGCGCGAGCAUCAAGAGUCGACCGCAGCCAUGCCCCAGCGCACGUCUUCAGCGUAGUCCCUUGAAGUUGAAGCCUGCAGCCCUGAAUUGCGGUGUGUCGAAUAGUGUGAAGCAGCGACAUUGGGCACGGGUGUGGCUUUGCGACGCUGCGUCCUUCUUCCCUGCGGCAGUAGGCGCCAACUCGAUGUUAAGUUGACUUGUUUGCAGCGGAAAAGAAGGCAAACACAUGCUCCUAGACCCUCCGGAGUUGUGCAAACGCUCUGACGUGGCUUGGUGGAACUUGCUGCAGUAAGCCGCACAGCCACCUUCUCGAACUGGGCAAAUCUGCUUCUUCGCAACUUCCCUGUGGGUCAAGCGGCAGCAUAGCAUGUGUGAGGCUGCAAGGCUGGUGCUUGAGUGAUUGAUGUCAAGAGCUUGGCGCAUAGCUCAGCUUGAUCGCAUUCCAGAAGAUUCAAUGAUACCAUAGUCGAAGACGUUGGCCAUUAAGGCAAUUCGACUGCUGAAUUCGAUCCCUGCGUACGUGCGGUGAGCAAUGCAGCGGCCCUGACACGUGCGUGCCGUGUCGGUUUCCGGUCGGUCUGACUCUUACAGGCAUUGUUUGGGUAUGUUUGGGCAGUGCUGGAGUGAUGAAAAGAGUACCUCCGCGAGGGCAGUGAGCUGCAACAUGCGAAGCGCUGCCUCUUGAAGGGUUUUGGCGGGGGAGCUGCUGAUGAAGUCUGCAAGCGCGUAGGCAGAGAGAAGAAAGGAUAGAGCCAACAGGCAUGCUUUUCCUCCUGGGCCCUGCUUGCCAACGGAAGCAAGAUCUCACGGGUCUUGUUCGCACGGUGCGCAGGUGUCCGACUGACAAUGUGCGCAUCUUCAACUGAUCACAGCUUGACCGUUGCUGCGUGUAAGCCAAGAUAGACGUUGGGUGAUAAUGCGGUCUUGUUGUUGCUUUGCUUCGAGCGAACUCUGUUCGUGCCAAUCGAACCCAUUUCACGCAAGCACAUGCAGCUGUGAUGAAGACGAGAGCACUUUUAGCCGUAGCCUGUGCUAGGAACUGUGCAACAGAGCAAUUGGCAAUCGUGCUUUCAGCAGGAUGAAAUGAACGGGCGGCCUGUGUGACAACUGAAAAACGCGCCACGACACAACAUGCGUUUGUAGUGCACAAUCAUGCGUUUGCAUAUCAGAAUGAUAACUUAGAGAUUGUUUUCCACCAUGGUCCUGAGCUGCAGAAACAGCGCUUUUGACAGUGGCAGCUCACGCAGAGAGCAGCGCGAGCAUCAAGAGUCGACCGCAGCCAUGCCCCAGCGCACGUCUUCAGCGUAGUCCCUUGAAGUUGAAGCCUGCAGCCCUGAAUUGCGGUGUGUCGAAUAGUGUGAAGCAGCGACAUUGGGCACGGGUGUGGCUUUGCGACGCUGCGUCCUUCUUCCCUGCGGCAGUAGGCGCCAACUCGAUGUUCAGUUGACUUGUUUGCAGCGGAAAAGAAGGCAAACACAUGCUCCUAGACCCUCCGGAGUUGUGCAAACGCUCUGACGUGGCUUGGUGGAACUUGCUGCAGUAAGAGGCACAGCCACCUUCUCGAACUGGGCAAAUCUGCUUCUUCGCAACUUCCCUGUGGGUCAAGCGGCAGCAUAGCAUGUGUGAGGCUGCAAGGCUGGUGCUUGAGUGAUUGAUGUCAAGAGCUUGGCGCAUAGCUCAGCUUGAUCGCAUUCCAGAAGAUUCAAUGAUACCAUAGUCGAAGACGUUGGCCAUUAAGCAAUUCGACUGCUUGGUUCGAUCCCUGCGUACGUGUGGUGAGCAAUGCAGCGGGCCUCACAAGUGCGUGCCGUGUUUUCUUGGUCGCACAAGCCUUCUGGUUUCCGGUCGGUCUGACUCUCACAGGCAUUGUUCGGGUAUGUUUGGGCAGUGCUGGAGUGAUGAAAAGAGUACCUCCGCGAGGGCAGUGAGCUGCAACAUGCGAAGCGCUGCCUCUUGAAGGGUUUUGGCGGGGGAGCUGCUGAUGAAGUCUGCAAGCGCGUAGGCAGAGAGAAGAAAGGAUAGAGCCAACAGGCAUGCUUUUCCUCCUGGGCCCUGCUUGCCAACGGAAGCGAGAUUUUGCGGGUCUUGUUCACACGGCCGCUCAUGUGUCCGACUGACAAUGUGCGCAUCUUCAACUGAUCACAGCUUGACAGUUGCUGCGUGUAAGCCAAGAUAGACGUUGGGUGAUAACGCGGUUUUGUUGUUGCUUUGCUUCGAGCGAACUCUGUUCGUGCCAAUCGAACCCAUUUCACGCGAGCGCAUGCAGCUGUGAAGAUGACGACAGCACUUUUAGCCGUAGCCUGUGCUAGGAGCUGUGCAACAGAGCAAUUGGCAAUCGUGCUUGCAACAGGAUGAAACGACGGGCGGCCUUGCUGUGUGAUAACUGCAGUGCGCAGCAUGCGUUUGCAGUCUCGCAGCCCAACAAUUGUUCCCAGCGCUCGGUACCUUCUGAUCCUGAAGCAUGGAAGGUUUCGUGCCAUUGACGUCGAUGAGGUUUGAUGUCAGAGCUUGUGCCUUAGUGUGCGUUUGUGACACGGAACUCAUGAAUGGCAUGCCUCAGCUAAUUGCGCAUAAAGGUUUGGUGGACGAAUCGCCAGCUCUCCUCUUUAGAAAACCGCUUGGGCCGAAGGGCAUGUCGCAACUUUUGGCACCUUAGUCGCUUGCUUGGGCCAAAGGCGGUUGAGAGGCCUUCAAACACGUGUUCAGCUAUGGUUUUUGAGGGGCACGCUUUAGUGCUCGCUGCAGCCUUGACUUGAUGCUGGGCAGUUCAAUGUGCCAAAACAAUGAUGCUGCCGCAACAGCCCAGUAGUGCAAAGCAUUCACAGGGUGCGCUUGAUAGUGUUCGCCUCAGAUGUCUUGCGAUAGCAAGACACUGAGCCUUCUGCAUGUUCAAGCGCGUUCCAUUGGCGCGGCAAGGCAAAGCGUGCGUGAUUCAUUCCUUUGCCUCUCCCUGUUUAUCAAACAGCGCUUCGACAAAUUGACCGCCAGCAUGGGCAUGCGCCCAUGCUUAAACAGAGUUGGAUGCUUCAUGGAGUGACAACUCAUUGCAGCGACGUUGCACGGUUAAAGACACAUUAGCUUAGAAGUGCCGUUCAAUAGUUGAAGCCCUCAAGCAGAGUUUUUCGGAAUCACCAAUGACUUCCAGUUGCACUUUAGAAUUGCACGUGUGUCCCUUGCUUCCAUUCACUUACUGCUCUUCAUGGGUGUCUUGAAAUGUGGCUUGCUUUUCGCUCACUGCAACUCCCCUACAGGCAGAUGAUGAUGCCGUGGACUAGAGCGUGUUUGCAAUAAAGUCGCUGACUUCAGGAGCUUGAGCAAAUAGUUCAUUUCAAUGUGAUUUGAUCUUUCUGUCUUGCCAUUACAACCAGUCAGACGCUCGGUGGUAGCGUGGAAACCUGCUUUUAGAACAGUGCGUGAUUUCAGAAGAUCAGAUAAGAGUUCAGAAGACAAGAUUGGGGCGCACCAAGGCAGGACCAAGCUUUUGAAGCAAGGGUUUUGGCGGCUGAGUUAGAGCAGAGUCGCAGCGCCCUUUUCAGCAGAACUUCUGGGUGUAAUUUGUGUGUAUGAACAUGAUGCAACGCGUCCAGCCAUAAGAACUUGCCCCCUUAGCAAGAAAUCGGAAACAAGACUAUUGCCGGCGUUUAUGCGUUUCCUUCUUCGCUCCGCUCGCCAACACAAAGCAGAGAACGCGCGUUCAUGCACAUCUUUCCAGCCAACGACGUUGAACGUCCUGCUUCAGCAAGGGCCUGCAAACUUCAAGGCCUCAGUAUGCUCUUCUCAACGAGUUGAUGCUGCGUCAGGAAGGGGGCAGAGAUUCCCACAGAGGCCGUUUGUGGGAACCCCUCCCCGCGUGUGUGCAGCUGACGAUUUGCAGAAGUCUUGUUUCCUUGCUGUGUGUAGGGUACAUUUCUUCGACAAAUCAUAACUUGACUGCUUGUUUUGCUUCAAGCGAAUACGUUUCAGACCGAUCGAACCUACUCCAAAGGGCUUGGCAAACGAGUUUGCAAUCAAAUUGAUUCAGCGGCUGCCGGCAAUUUAAUUUUUUCCAUGUAGUGGGAAGCAUGGAUAGAUGACCUUGAUUCACCUUCGUCGCUUGAGCAGUAUGCUGGUCAUGAAGCCCCACCCCUGCAUGUGAUACUGUAGCUGCGGUUUCCUUGAUGCCUUCUUUGCCAGUAUCAGCAGCUGAGCAGAUGCCGCGUCGUUCGAAUAUAACUUUCCAUAUUAUAUUGCUUUGUUCGACAUUUUGCUUUGCCUGAAGCAGAGAAACGGCAAGUCUUUUCUUGCCUCUUGAAGAAAGCUUGAGCAUCUGCCACAGUGUGGUCGGGCGAGCUGCGCUGCGUGUCAGUUGCAGCAGUUCGAGCGCAAUAGUAUUGGGCUCGCAGUGCGUGAAGGCCGCAGCGUCGCAACUCCACGCAACCUAGAGCAUCCUGGUGACAGGCCACAGAAAAGUGUGUCAGACCUCCAUUGACAACACUGUCAGUCAAAGCAGCGUGGCUUUGCGCAACGUUUGCCGCGUUUGACAGUGGGCAAGUGGGCAAGCAGAAGAUGCGCACUGCCCCAAUGAGAAUCAAGGAUCUGAGCUGUUUUGAGACUUGCCUGGGUGGGUCCUGCAAGCUUGCUUCCAAACGAAGCACGCGCAGCGGAGCAUAGCUCUCCUUUCAAUAGUUGCAGUGUGGUUUUUCUUCCUGCAGCGUGUGAUGUCAGUUCAGACUGGACAGCACUCUGUUUGGGCUGACUGUGGCGCAAUGCAAACUCCGCAUAUGCGACACCAGGAUUUUCACUGCGUUAGACAUGUUGGUAUAUGAGCGAACAAACGGGUAAGUGCAUGGUAGCCAACGUGCAGGUGCUUUGCGAUCGUAGCCGCGCAAGACGCAGUGAUGCUUACGUGCCAAAGCUUUAGAAUAUCUUUGCUUCAGUUGCCUGGUUGACCAAUCUGGGCUGCGUGGUUUGCGCUGGUGUUCUUGUGCUUGUUGUCAGUUUGCGCCGAAUGCGCCUUGGAUACGCUCGAUUUUAAGACGCCAGAUAUGACAAGGUUGGAAUGGCAAGUGCGAGCCUCUGUUUGCAAUGCCCAUAUACACUUGACUGGUGCCUGUGGCGCAUGAGGUCUUGCAGUUGCAUUUAGAGGUGGUGUUUUUCUGAUUUAUACAAUUGGAAUCGAGCAGGGUUUGCCGGGCUGGCUUCCACUCCUGCGCUGAGAAUCAAAGAGCCUGCCAGCACGCAAUUGUUUGCAACUUUUCCGUGCGAGGGAAGGGUUGCUCUGCCCCAAAGGGGGUUUGUGUCCCUCAGGCUUUAAGGGUCUGUUCAAAGAGAGCGUGAGUGACAUAAGUUUUGUUUGGUUGAGCAUGCUACAGUAGUUUGGAGAAACAUGUCAUCCCCAACUGCCAGCAAAUGCAAACUUGAACGCCAACGUCAGCUGGCGCGCGAACUUCUGAUGCGCAAACGAUCGAUGACACGACUUGAAGGGAGCGACACAUUUUGGUGUGUUUGUCGUAGGCUCUUGAGCAGGCGACAGUCUGCGGUCGCGGUGCGAGUUGCUGCUGCAUAUGGUCGCAGCGGCUGCUGUCGCUGCUGGUACUUCAAUAUUGUGUGCAGAUGUUCGGUCUCACAAUAAGAACACGUAAAUGGCCACGCAUUUGCCACAUGCGCUUUCGACCCUUGCUGCAGGGCAGACCCCGAAAUUGGUAGCUUGGUAGCUUUGACUUAUACACCAAGAGUGGCACCUGAAAGCGAUUUGCAGCUAGCCUCUGGUUGUCAGUUCUUUUUGAUGCAAUUGGUCCAGUGAGUCAUGCGGGUCCUGUAAGCGUGUAGCGCUUGAACGGCAGGUGUAUGCCGAAGCUGCUGUGGCAGCAAACCUGUGAGCCUAACCUCAUCAUUGCGCGAAGUGCAAAGCUUGAGGCAAUCGUUUGCCGAAGCCUUUGCACAUGUUUGAACGCUGAACAUAAGGUUUCGGGCAGAAUCAACCAAGAUUGACCGUCGCUACGUCAAGUUUGAAGGUCUGGGGAGGACAAUGUCAACAGGAGUUGUGCAGACAGGAGCUGUCUUUGACAUGAGCAAAGCCGAUUUUCGCACAUGUCCACAUCGCAUCAGCUUUAACGCUAGUGCCGAACAUGCUGGGACGAUGCUUGGAAUCUUGCGUCGAUGGCGCUGGCAGGGAGAUUGCUCCGAAGCAAUUCUUUCAAUGCUUGCCUGCCUUGAUUUGUAGAAAGUGCUUGUGCUAGUGGAAGCUGCAGAACUGCCUCCGGCCGGUGUUCGUGAGCCAUGAGCACAACGUUUCCUGGAUGUCGAAGCACAGUGGUCGAAGCUUGUGUCAGAGCGAGCGCAUCGGCUGAGUUGUUUCGGACUGCGCAUGCAGUUCGCGCUAGCACGGGCGCAGACUGAUUUCUGCUAUGUAUAUUUUUGGGGCCAAACGCUGCACUUCCAAGAUGGACCUGGCAAUCUACCGCCGUGAUGGUGGGCAAAGUGCGGCUGACUCAAAUGUUUCGCCCAUUCCCUUGCGCAGGUCCGAAAGUUGCGCAGGCUUGGCUUGACCGAGCGAUCUCAUCAUGACGGGCAGCCUAGCUUGCCAGGGAGGAAAGCAGAAGCCGUAGUGGGCACAAGGCACAAACGGGCCAAAGGCAUUGUGCCGUUGGACAGCUCUCAGUGCCUGCUGCUUUUUGAGCCUGAAGCGUCGAAAAGCUAGCGUGGCUGACGCUGAAUCUGGGAGUCGGAGUGGAAGCUUGCGCCCACGAGCGAACGUUUGACACGCCGCACGUGGACAAUGAGGCUCAGACCCUUGCUCGGCAAAUGCUGCAAAGUGGCCGUGUUGUGGUGUCUCCUGGGAAUGAGGGGCCUGUGGACUGUUGCUGUUUUGCAGAGGAACGUGUCACAUGUUUGGGUGAACGGCUUCCACGUUGGCUGUCAAGUGCACCCAGCGGAUUUGCAGCUGUGAUCUUGAGGAGCACGCUUUCGGUGCUUGCUGCAGCCUUCACUUGGAGUUUGGCAGUUCAGAAUCCAGCUGAAGCGCAGAAAGCCGCAAUGAUGAUGAGCGCCCCUUGCUGAUUCCCAAUUCGUUGCAGCCCUCGGCAACGUGAUGUUUUGAGGUUCGCUCACGGGCUGCCUUUUUAAAGCGAUGUUGCGUUGACCGACCCAUUGGCAGCCCUGUGAUGUCGCAAAGAAAUUUCAGGAAAGCUUGCCUCUCGAUGUUUGAACUAGCAUUGUGGCAACUUGCGCUUGUUUUAGCAAGUGCUAAGCAGGCAACACCACCGGCUCGGACGGGACGCCCGUGAGGCUUCAAAGUAGGCGUUCACGCUCUUGCUGUGGGUUUCCCAACCAGAUUUUGUCGGGCUACACGGCUUGAUGGAGAAGAUAGGCAACACCGCCCGAGAUUCAGAGCUGUUGAGCAGUUGGCUUGCCUGACUCAAUCCCUCCUGGCUUCUUUGAGUACUGUGCUGCCGUGUUUCCGCUUUGCUUAGGCAUUGUCGCGCGAUGUUGAGCAUCCCUUGCCGCAAGUUAUGCUACGCGCCAGAUGUUGGGCAGGAGUUUCGGAAAGAUAGUGGAGUGCACCAGCAACUGUUUAGCCACGACUGCUCCGAAUGUGCAACCUGUGCCCAGUUAGAGCAGAGGUGCAGUGCCCUUUUCAGCAGUUUGCGUGUGCAUAGCACUUACACCAGAUACGGACAUGAUGCAAGUCACCCAGUGCUCUCGUGCACAGGUUCGAAGGAAGCAUGGUUCAUGGCUUCCUUCUUCACUGUCAGCGCUGCGAUAGCUGACAAUGAGCCCUAUCCACGUUUAAGCGUGUUUAGCCGGAGCGGCAAGGCAAAGCGUGCGUGAUCAAUUCCUUUGCCUCUCCCUGAUUAUCAAACAGCCCUUCGACAAAUUGAUGGCCAGAAUGGGCCACCGCCCUUGCUUCAACGGAGUCGGAUGCUUCAUGGAGUGACAACUCAUUGCAGCGACGUUGCACGGUUAAAGACGCAAUAGCUUAGAAGUGCCGUUCAAUAGUUGAAGCCCUCAAGCAGAGUUUUUCGGAAUCAGCAAUGACUUCUAGUUGCACUUUAGAAUUACGCAUGUGUCCCUUGCUUCCAUUCACUUACUGCUCUUCAUGGGUGUCUUGCAAUGUGGCUUGCCUUUCGCUCACUGCGCGCAAAAUGCGUCCAGCUCCAGCGCCUACUGGCAGAUGAUGAUGCUUUGGACUAGCGCUUGUUUGCAAUAAAGUCGCUGACUUCAGGAGCUUGAGCAAAGAGUUCAUUUCAAUGUGAUUUGAUCUUUCUGUCCUGCCAUUACAACCAGUCAGAGGCUCGGUGGUAGCGUGGAAACCUGCUUUUAAAAUAGUGCGUGGUUUCAGAAGAUCAGAUAAGAGUUCAGAAGACAAGAUUUGGGCGCACCAAGGCAGGCCAUUUGUGCCGCGCGUUGCCCACAAGAGCUUGCCCAAGCUGUCGAAGCAAGGAUUUUAUCGGUUGAGUUAGAGCAGAGUCGCAGCGCCCCUUUCAGCAGAGUUUCCGGGUGUAGCUUGUGUGUCUAUCGUUAUGCAAGCUACGAACGUGAUGCAACGCGUCCAGCCAUAAGAACUUGCCCCCUUAGCAAGAAAUCGGACACAAGGUUACUGCCGGCGUUUAUGUGUUUCCUUCUUCGCUCCGCUCGCCAACAAAAAGCAGAGAACGCGCGUUCACGCACAUCUUUCCAGCCAACGACGUUGAACGUCCUGCUUCAGCAAGGGCCUGCAAACUUCAAGGCCUCAGUAUGCUCUUCUCAACGAGUUGAUGCUCCGUCAGGAAGGGGGCAGAGCUCGUGGCUCGUUGUUGGUGUGCCAGUCGCAGCCAUUGCCUGGGCGUCGUUGUGUUGCACAAGGUGCAUCUUCACCAGGCUAGCAACCUGCAACUUGUGAAUCGUCGUGUCUUGCCAAGGAAUGCGGUGGCUGCAGCUUCUGCCAGCAUGAGCAGGAACAUGUGACAUGCUCUCGCAUAGAAUGUUGUAGGACGAAGGAAUGAACCCGGGGCCCUUUUUGUUUUUCGUUGGUGUUCGUCAACACUCUGAAGGUUGUGUAGCUGAACGUACUGCCUCAGACUUGGCGCAAAGCCUGGCCUGGGGUUGCGUGCGGCCAUUGGUGCACAAUCUUAGCCUCUUGCGCGCUCUGUCCAGCGGGCGGAUGCCCAGCCGCAAGGCGUGCUUUCAUUGGCCCUGCAGCAAACCCCACGCCAACUGCCGGCAGUGAUUCUAGUGGAUUCAGGGCAGGCCUGAUCCCUUGGCGUUAAAUAACAAAUGUCACUCGCAGAAUGGGACAGCCGGGGUCACUUUGCGUGCGUAGACAGACUUUGGCGGAGCUGCAGGAGUUUGCCAGAAAUCAGGAAAGGAUUUCCGGCCGCCUUGCACCAUGUUUCUGUCGCGAGUGUUGGUGCCCAGGGCAAGGCAGUAGUGGCGAGAAUGCUCGACGCAGUUGCUCUUCUCGCUGUUUUUUUUGUUUCGGGCUCGAAAACGGUCUUGACAUCAUGAAACCAAUAAGAUGGCUUGCUUCACAAGAAUCGCUUGGGCGCACCCUUGGACCAUUCAAGACAACAACCAUUCCUCCACUCUGAGAGCAAGUGAGUCAGUUGCGACGAUGUUUCCUGCUUCACGAGAUCCACGGUGCAUCAAAUAUUUGACUCCACAUGCCCAUGCAUUGUUGAUCGCGACGGCUGCGUGAAUCGACAGUGAUCGCACGUUUUGCCAUAUUGUGCAGUCAGCCAACGCGCUUGAUGUUAGCUAUCUAAAUGAUAGUUUGGAGAUAGUUUUCCACCACGGUGCUGCGCUGCAGAAACAGUGCUUUUGACAGUAGAAGCUCACGCAGAGAGCAGCGCGAACAUCAAGAGUCGACUGCAGCCAUGCCCCACCGCACGUCUUCAGCAGAGUCUUCUGACGUUGGAGCCUGCUGGCACCUGCCAAUGUCGCGAUGCUAUGACAAUGUUGGCGCAAUACUGCUUUGACGGGGAAUGUUUUCUCGGUGUCUCACCCUGGACAUAGUCCGCUUUGCUUACAAAACCAUGAGCUGAGCAGGUUGCGCCACAGUGCUCGUAGUGCCUCAAUGAGUUGGAUAGGAGUUCUGGCCUGGAAGAAUUCAACAGGCAAGUUGUGUAUUCGAAGUCAAACUACGCGGUUUUGGCACACUUGCGCGGCUUUUGGAUAGAUGAGCGUGUGAUGGUUCUUACAGUAUUCAGCGCGUGCCUCAGAGCUUGCGCCUGACAUCAGCCCUUGAGCGAACACGGCUCAUUUCCUGGGUUGCUCAGUAGGCGUGUAGGGCUUCGAAGGCUCAUGCUUUCAAGGUUGGAUGCUUUAGCUGCUGCGGAGAAAUUGCGCAAGUGCCUAGUUUGGGCGGUUGCAGAGCGCAAGUCUCACAAGCGCUCCUUCGCUUGGACAGCACAAGCGAAGCAUGCUCUCAAGCCUGCAGAAAUGCUUGAGACUUGUCGUAAGUUUGCCCAUAGGGUUGCGUUGACAAGGCUUGGAAUCCAAUGCGGACGGGGCAAAAUGCUUUGCUCAAUGUUGUUCAGCGCCCAGCUGUUUGCCGGGCCUAGCUUCCUUAGAGUGCAUGUGGCUCCUCCAUCGGCAGCGUGAGGGCGGAUGGUUGAAAACUGUGACGUCACGUCUGCCAGUCCCCACGCAUGAAUCCGUGCAGCGCUCAGGACAGUGCUGCCUGACUUUACUUUCCUGGGCCCAUGUCACGUCUGCGCAGCUCUCCUCCCUUUGAAAGCUGCAAGAAGAACGGACAGUCGGGCGGAGAAGGCAAGAUGAAGUAUAUAGUUGCAAGCAAGAUAUUUGCGACGCAAGCAUUUGUCUUGCGCGACUAAACAUUGCUAGCAUUGGAGGGAAUCGCCUGCAGCCCAAACAACUUUGCCUAGCCUCCUUUCUGCGAGCGGCAAUGCCUGCUCAGGACGCAUUCAAGCUGAAGGACAACGUUCUUGCCAAAGG